GCGAGGAUGGGAUGGAGCACAUAAAGCCCGUGGAAGGGGUGGUCAAAGAGGGGCAAGGGGAUGGAGACAGGAAAAUCAGGGUUAUAGGGGCAGGGGUAACCAAGGAGGAAUAGACAGGAACACUUGUUUCAACUGUGGCCAAUAUGGCCACUGGAGGAAUGAGUGUCCACACCCCAGGAAACCCCAGGAAACCCCACACACCCCAACAACCCCACCUUUCUCAAAAUAUGCCCGGUAGGCAAGAACAACACCAGACCCACUCCCAACACCACUGGCCAGCAUAUCGCUUAGUUCAGGACUUUAGAGCCCUGAAUAGUUUAAUUGUGCCCAUUUCACCCAUUGUCCCUGAUGUGACAUCCCUCAUUACAGCCAUUCCACAUGAUGCCACUUGCUUCACUGUCAUUGAUUUAAGUAAUGCAUUUUUUCUAUACCUAUUGAUCAAGAGACACAGCUACUUAUGGUUUUUACUUUUUGAAGGCUGUCAGUUUACCUGGACACGCUUACCCAAGGCUAUGUGGAUUCCCCAGCUGUUUAUUCGUUGGUACUCUAACAUACUCUAAAAAACAUGGACCACCGGUCAUGGUUCCGUCCUUUUUGCAAAAUGUUGAUGAUUUGUUGUUAUGUAGCCCUAGCUCUGAGGCAAGCACUGUGGAUACUGUCAGCAACUAUAGGUCACAAGGUUGUUAAACACAAAAUGCAAUUGUGUAAAUCAAAGGUUGAAUACUUAGGUUUUGUUCUGGCUUUAGGCACCAGACAAUUGAGUCCAAAAUGUAUUGAGGUCAUUCAGAGGAUUCCUACACCCACUACUCGGAAGGAGUUGCUCACCUUCCUCGGCAUGAUUAAUUACUGCCGCCAAUGGAUCCCUGAAUGCUCCCAUUAUAACUCAAUCCUAAGGGAGGCUGUACGUUCUGACAGCCCUGAAAAUGUCUGCUGGUCACCAGACAUGCUAGCUGCAUAUAUUGCCCUUACAGUUGUUAUUGUGCAAGCCCAGGCUUUAGGACUACCUGUGUAUUGUAAACCAUUUCAUUUGUAUGCUUGGGACAAUUGUAAAACCAUGGCCGCAGUCUGUGCACAAGAGCAAGGAGGCGGUAUGCGUCCCAUAGCAUUCUUUUCCAAAGUAGUUCGAGCUCCGGUACAGGGUAUGCCGGCGUGUCUCAGAGCAUUGAUAGCAUGUGCAAUGGCUGUUGAAACUGCUACUACUAUCACACUAGGGCAUCCUACAAUACUUCAUGCCAGUCACCAGGUCACUCAGCUGAUAACAAAUCUCACCACACAACACAUGACAGCCCAGCGCUUCAGUGGUUAUGAGAUUCUUUUUUUUAAUACCCAGAAUCUGUCUUUUGGAUUAAACAAGGUUUAGAGAAAGAUCAAAAUGAUCUGUUCUCUAAAGAGGGGAGAAUAGGCAUACUUGAAGAAUAGGCAUACUUGAAGCAAGCUGAUUUAUUUUCAUCAGUCAGGCACAUAGCAAGCACCAUUCAAUUCUUCAUGAAUUCAUUUUAUAUUAGGAAUCUCAGGCAGCAUGUACAGUCUUUUGUAAGAUCGUGUGAACGCUGCUCUUUUUACACACUUACAGAUUGAUUUUAUUCAUGUAUCCAAAAUUGGUAAGAAACAGCAAUACUUACUGGUCAUAGUUAAUCAGUUUAGUAGAUGGCAUGAGGCCUUUGUGAUAUCUAGGGAAGAUUCUAGUGAAGAUUAUUGUUACUGAAAUUAUUCCCCGGUAUUGCUGCCCUCUGCAGAUUGGCUCUGAUAAUGGCCCGGUUUUUGCAAGUGGGGUUGCCCAGGAACUUGCUAAAUUCUUGCAAGUUACCUGGCAGUUUCAUAUACCCUAUCAUCCACAGAAUACAGGGGUAGUUGAAAGGAUGAAUAGGACUAUUAAGGAAAAGCCCAGAAUUUACCCAGGAACAUGGGUAAAUUGGACUAGAUAUCUACCAGCUAUUUUAGCUGAGAUAAGAGUGAUUCCUCACAAGGUGACUAAAUUAUCUCCAUUUGAGAUUUUGAUGGGAUGACCUUUUCCCACACCCUGGGCCAGGGAACCGCUUGUUAUAAUGUCUGUGGAUUUACAGCUAAUACAAGAACAAUAUGUACAGGAAUUGUUGAUAAAACCGAAUGGUAUGUAUGACAAUGUUUCUUCGCAGUUUUCCCUUACCUUCACAGGAACCUACUCAUUCAUACCAGCCCGGUGACAAGGUGUAUAUCCGUCAGCUGAACAGGACCAAGAAAGGAGGAUACCCUUUUGGACCACCUGCUACUGUGAUUGCUGUACCCAGAACCGCUGUCCACAGAUUCCCAUGACAUCUGGAUUCACGCAUCCCGAGUGAAGCUGUGUCCAAAGAGGGGAACCAAGGAAGACAACACCACUCCUCGCUCGGAAACAGAAGAAUUUCUCCUCAGCGAAGCAUCAUGGUUUUCACACCAUAUCGUAGAUUGAGAGGAUCAUACGUACCUGAGACCAAGAUUAUGUUGUGCGCUAUGCUUUCUGGAGUUGUUAUACUCCCUCUGAUAUUGUUCCUUGAAUGCCAUUAUGAGUACAAGUCAAUGGCAAGUUUGAAACCUGUUUGUUUCUGAAAAAAGACUCUGACAUGAUGAACAAUUCUUCAAUACCCCCAGCCCAAUUAGGCCUUAGCCCCUCAUCUAGCAUUCGUCACACACGCCCCCUCAAGAACCUUUCUCCACCACCUUUCUAUCAGCAUGCAAUAUGCAAUCAUUCAUUCACUGAACGCAUUUGGAUGAAUUGGACAAAUAGUAACCCUUAUAAGUACCAGUUACCCAUAUGAAAUGUGUCUACAGCUAAUGAAACCGAUGCAUUAUGUUUGUUUGAAGGUUCACAGAAAAUUGUUAGAUCUUAUAACGCAGAAAUGUGCACAGUUAAGGUUGCAUAUCAAUGUAAACAGACAGGCCUUAUUACUUUUAAUAAUGAUUAUAUAACUGGUAUCAUUAAUUGGAAAAGGGGACAAAUGUUAGUCAUUAUGAACGACACUGCAAUUGAGAACUAUACACUACCUUAUAUUUUUACACCUUAUUACUGUCCUUCAUCCACUAUCAUAGAACCAAAAGUCAAACACGACACACACACACCUAUUCCGUCCACAUGUGUUAAUACAACUGCCUUCUUACAAGCUGUACAUGUGUCAUUAAAAAUCACUACUCCUGUUGUAACAUUAUGUAACACAGCAAACAAAGGCAGAAAAGGGAAUGGUAUGACACACUGUUAGAUGGUGCUGGAACCACUAUGGGUAUACUAAAUAGUUAUAGAUAUGGAGACCCUCAAGAAUAAGUUAAACACAGCCAGCAUGCAUAUAGGGACUGGUUUUCAUGCUACUGCAAAUUGGGCUCCAAUUGUUGUUAAAUCAUAGGUUAUAGGAUUGGAUUUAGAUAAAUCAAUGUAUAAUUAUUUAGAUAAUUUAACUGUUGCAACUAUGAAAUUCACUACAGAUCUCGGUAACUGGAGUACUUGUGCCAUCAGGUAUUUAUGGAUACAACAACAAGGAUUGGCAUUAGAAAACACACUAAUGAUUCCUAAACUAGAGAAGAUUAGAGGAAUGUGUAACCUCACAGAUAAUGAUUGGUUACUUCUAAAACCCCAAUCCAGUAAAUGCAAUGGAUGGUUAACUGGUAAUGUUUCACAUUUUUCAUGCUCAUGCUAUUUAACAUUAUAUCAUACAUUAUCAAAGGAUGUUAAAUUAGCUUGUCAAUUUAACACAUUACCAGUACCAGUUUAUGAUCUUUUUGCCAAGAAUUUAACCUGGUGGGCACCCACAUACACAGGGGACUAUAUGUUUUCCCAAAGAUAACACACAUAGGUAGCCACACAUAUCCUAAAAGGAGAACUCCUUAAGGUGAGUUCACAAAUUCAGAAUGAUUCAGCCCAUAAUUGGUACAAUGCUUUACUAGUUGGUCCCCUACUGGAUCCCAGAUAAUGAAAUCAUUCUUCUAUCCUUUUGUUAUUAUAGUCCUGAUUUUAUUGUGUAUGAUUUUAUAUAACUGUCACCUUACUUGUACAUUGAGGAAAAGAGUACAGAAAUGAAUCCAUAAUGCAGAACAGAAACAAUUAGAAAUUCUCCUCUCUGCCACUGUAGAGUAUCAACCCAUCUUUAAACUGGGCCUUAGGAAUUACCACAUGGGAAUCGAGGUGAAGAAAUUAAUGAAAGUCCC